GAGGCUUUUUGAUUCAGCCCCCAACAGUCUUUCAUGGCGCGGCUCAAGAUCCGCUGCUCCGACCCCAAGGCUGGAAAGUUGCAGGCGGAGCUCUGUGAGAGUUUGGCAGGGAAGGAUGCAGCCUUCCGGGACGUCUUCACAGCCCUGGCGGACGCCAGUGAGACCUUUGUGUCCCACUUCUACGGGCGCCUGCCAUUUGUCCUGGAGUGCGGGGAGCUGGUGGCUAAGCGUUGGACCCUUGAGGACCAGCUGUCGCUGCUGCGCCAUGAGAGCUACGAGGUUUACCGAUCGAGCAAGGCGGAGCGGAAGCCGAUUCAGCUGAAGACUGGGUACACCCGCUUCACCCACCCUGCCAUUGGCCAGGUGAAGGCCCAUAGCUUCAUGGCCGACGAGAGCGAGACGCCGAAGCUGACAGAGGCGGCCGCGCGCCAAGGCCUGGAGACGGGCAGCUGGGUCAUCAGCAGCGGGAACAGUUUGUCCCCCAACCUCGCGGAGGUGUGUCAGGCGCUGCAGAGUUCCUUCCAGGUGCCCUUUGUCACAACCAACGUCUACAUCUCACGGCUGGACUCCCCCGUCACGGCGCCGCUGCACACGGACCGCUUCGACUCCUUCAUCAUGCAGACGGAGGGCGCGAAGCGGUGGCGCAUCUACGCGACUUCGCAGGAGGUGCCCUCGUGGCCGGUGCUGGACGCCGGCAUGACUGACAGGGGCAAGGCUGGGGAUGUGCUCUACCUGGAGAAGGCAGGCGCCCUGCUCCUCGACGAAUGUCUGCUGCCCGGCGAUGUGGUCUACCUGCCCCGAGGCUUCCCACAUGCGACCAGCACUUUCAGCACUGCGUCACUGCCGGGUGCUGCAAAGAGCAAAUACUCCACCAGCCUCACCGUGAGCUUGUUGCUAGAAUCCGUGGGCCUCACGGUGGACAAAGUGCUGCGCUGCGCGGCCGGCAUGCAAGAGGGCUGCAACGAGCGGGGGCAGUGCUUCGGCGCGGAGGAGAUCUUGAUGGCAACGCCCAAGCACCAGCAGCUGAGGGCGACCCUGCCCAUAGGCUUCCUUGCCAGCACGGUCUCCCCAUCGUUGCGCGCGGUUUCCCUGGGCGCGGAGCAUCAGGAGGUCUGGGUGGAGGCAAUGGUGGUGAAGCUGAUGAGCUUGGCAAAGGAGUGUGGUCUGGUGCGGUGGAUGGCUGCGGGCGCCGGGCGCGAGGCGGUGCUCCGGAGGGUGCUGCAGCACGUCUGGCAGUCGCUGCCUCGGGCCACUGAGUGGUGCAAGGACCGCGUGUACUGCACAGGUUGUGUGCUGAGCCAGAUCCUGCCCGACCAGCGCCAUGAGGUGGAGGAGAAGGCCUUGGUGGAGUUCCCCUUCUACCCAGAGGAGGGCCUCAUGUACGCAAAGUCUCCGAGCAUCAACUCCCCUGUGCCCACGCUGUGAUCUGAGCAAGGGCGGUCCACGUGUUUCCUGGUUUGCGCAGAGGGUCCCAAACCAAUCUAACUUUGAAUUUAACAAUGCCACCCACAUAAAGGAGACCGCUUUUGCUGCCCUUCAGAAACUGGAGGUCAUCGAGGCCUGCGAGGGUGUCUGAAUUCAGACUGGGUAUGUUUGGAUUUGUCCGUCAAUAUUGCCUUGCCCCCAGAGA